AUGGCCUCGGUCAACAUGCCGGUGCCCAGAGAGCUCUGGAAGCACCCAAACCCCGAAAGCACAGAGAUGUACAAAAUGAUGCAGCAGAUUAAUCAAAAGCACAAUCUCAAUUUAAAUACAUUUUGGGAACUCUACCAAUAUUCCAUCUCAAAUCGUGCACAGUUCUGGGAUCAAUGCUUCCAGUCUCUGGAUAUCAUUCACAGCGGCUCGUAUAAACAAGUCGUUGAUGAAUCUGCAUCUAUUGAAACGAUACCGCGCUGGUUCGAAGGCGUCAGCUUGAAUUUCGCCGAGAACAUGUUGUACUCACGAGUUCCUGGAGCAUCGACGUCCGAGCGAGGGACGAUCGGGAAGGAAGAUGAGAAGAUUGCCGUCACCGAGGUGCGGGAGGGUGCGACCGAGAUACGGCAUGUGAGUUGGGGGCAACUCAGGAAGGAGGUUGCGGAAUUGACAGUGGCGAUGAAAGCCCAUGGUGUGAAGAAGGGGGAUAGGGUUGUGGUUGUGGCGAGUAAUUCUGUGGACACGCUGAAGGUGUUCUUAGCUAUAACUACGCUGGGUGGACUCUUCAGCAGCAGUUCUACGGAUAUGGGGGUGUCAGGCGUGUUGCAAAGAACGACGCAGGUUACACCUAAGUAUAUAUUUAUGGAUGACUUCGCCAUCUAUAAUGGGAAGAAAGUUGAUCUACGUCAAAAAAUGUCAGAGGUUGUUCGUGGAAUGGAUAACUUGCCAGAGUUCUCUGGAAUGAUAUCAAUGCCUCGAUUUUCUCAGCCAGCAGAUAUCAGCCAUGUACCUCAAACACGAACACUCGCCAGCUUUCUCGAGGUUGCAAAAGGCUCGGCAUCCUCAGUUCCAGCAUUCGAACAAGUUGCCUUUCGCGACCCCUUCUUUAUCGCUUACUCGUCCGGGACCACUGGAACACCAAAGUGUAUCGUCCACUCCGUAGGAGGCUGUCUUGCGAACUCGACCAAAGAAGGGAAACUACAUGGGGAGAUUGGUCCCGAGAGUGUGGUACUUCAAUACACAACCACAGGCUGGAUUAUGUACCUCGCCUCUGUCGCGAACCUUAUAGCAGGGGCACGGGUGGUGCUCUAUGACGGAAGUCCCUUUCAACCCGACCUCACCACGUUCGUGAAGUUGACUGGAGACCAGAAGGUUACAAAGUUAGGCACUAGUCCGAAGUGGAUGCAUGAGUUGCAGAAGAAUGGGAUCUCACCAAGGGAUAUUGCUGAUCUUUCAAGUUUGAAGGCUGUUUGUUCCACGGGUAUGGUACUUUCGGAUCAGUUGUUUGAGUGGUUUUAUGAUGUAGGAUUUCCGAAACAUGUUCAUCUGGCGAAUAUCUCUGGUGGGACGGAUUUGGCAGGUUGCUUUGGCAUAGAAAACCCCCUAAGCCCUGUCUACGUAGGUGGCACCCAAGGGCCCAGCCUCGGCACCCCCGUCUCCAUUUAUGACAGCACCAUUGCGUCUGGUUACGGACAACAGAUUUCAGACGGCGAAGCAGGCGAACUCAUAGCACCCCAAGCAUUCCCCAAUAUGCCCGUCUACUUUUGGAACGACCCCUUCCAAUCACCUCACUCAUCGUCUCGCUACUUCCAAGCCUACUUCGCAAAAUAUACCUCUGUCUGGACACAUGGCGAUUUCGCUGCUAUUCACCCAAUAACAAAACAGCUUCUCUUCCUGGGCCGCGCAGAUGGCGUGUUGAAUCCCUCUGGUGUAAGGUUCGGCAGUGCGGAAAUAUAUGGUGUUCUUGAGAGCGGCCAGUUCCCUGGGGUGGCAGAUAGUAUUUGUGUAGGACAGAGAAGGGAGGGCGAUGCCGAUGAGAGCGUGAUGCUAUUUCUGCUCAUGAGGGGUGGCCAUAAGUUUACCGAGAGCCUGGUCAGGGAUGUAAAGACGGCGAUUGGGAGUCAGUUGAGUAAGCGGCAUGUGCCAAAGUAUAUCUUUGAGACGCCCGAUAUUCCUACAACGGUCAAUUUAAAGAAGGUUGAGCUCCCUGUGAAGCACAUUGUUUCGGGGAAGAUUGUUAAGCCGAGUGGGACGCUUUUAAAUCCCAAGUCGCUGGAGUAUUAUUACCAGUUCGCUAAGGUAGAGGAAUUCUUGAAUAGAUCGGAGAUCAAGAGCAAGCUAUAG